GUAGCUCUUGGUAUAUAUCAAGCGUUUUACAUGGUCAAAGCAGAACACUACGUGAAUCAGUUUUAAAAGGGAUAGUCUGAUCUAAACUCCUAAAUACAAGGAGUAAAGUGGCUUAUAGUUUAAGCUGUCGGCGUUUCCAUAGCAACGACUUUAGAUAGGACAACACAAUAUCCCCCCAAAUGUACACUGAAUCUUAUUCUGAACAAAUGUUUGACACGGACAACGCAAGUAUGUUCAGCAUGUAUGACCCAACCAUCGUCAAACCUGAACCUAUGUCCGAGAACUCAUGUUCUGAGACAGAUCAUCCAGUCUACACUGAUCUGUCUUCGGCACAGUACUCGUUCACAACGCCCAAACUCACCCUUUUGAAACAAGAAAAGACAGAAUUUGCGGAAACAUUCGACAACCUUCUCAGCUGGACAUCAAAACACCCCGAGCACUGGUCAAGACGUGAAGUUCUUGAUUGGGUCUACUAUGUCGCUGAUGUCAAGAAAUUUGACUGUUCAAAACUCUACGGCGAACGAUACCAGAGUCUCACCGGACAAAAACUAUGCAGGAUGUCAAAGGCAGACUUCACGUCUCUGGACUCGCACUAUGGAGCGAUACUUUACAGCCUGUUCUCAUCUCUCGUUCAGAAAUCAAUAUUCAGCGAGCCCUCUCCCCCCGAUACCCUGAAUCCCGAUGCGUACCCCUUCCUGCAUACAACCUAUCCCUGCCUUCCGGUACCAUUCGGGGCGACGAGUGACCCCUCCAGCACAUCAACUGAACACGAUCUGUCAGUCUUCAUCAACGACGCUGGUGUCUCCGUGGACAUCGACGGCAACUUUUACGACAUCGACGUUGCUACCAAAAUAGACAUCCCCAAAAUAGACUGCGACUACGGAUACGUUAGCGGAGGCUCCGACAUGGAAAGCAAUAUGGCUAGAUGCGGUUCCACAAGUAGCGAGCCGUACGAUUCAUUCAGCAUCUCCGAUGAAGAAGAAAUGCAGACGUGCAGUCAUUUCACCCAGACAUCGAGGAGAAGGAUGUCUCCCAGUGUCUCCUCAGACGAAGACAUUGAGGAGAAGGUCGUCUCACCGAGGAAGAGAAUAACUUCAACAUCGAAAGGCAAUCACUUGUGGGAGUUUAUCAGAGACUUGUUGAAGGACCCCAACUUGAACCCAUCCCUUCUCAAAUGGGAGGACAAGGAAUCAGGCGUCUUCAAGUUCGUCCAGUCCGAGGCUGUCGCCAGCAUGUGGGGUCGCAAGAAGAACAACCCUGGCAUGACAUACGAGAAACUCAGCCGCGCCAUGAGAUUCUGCCGCACAGCAGGCUACUUUGGAGAUGUGCCCAAGAAUGGAAAAUUCCCAAAGAAGCUCUGCUUCCGAUUCGGACCCAAAGCUCAUGACUGGAAAUAAAUUCUGAAGUCGUUUUAUAUCCAAGGAUAUUCAUGACAAUCAAGUCGGCGGGUCCGAUUAUAGUGCUAGUGCGGUUCAAAUCAAGUGACUCGAAGAGAAAAGGGUCGUCCGCAAGUCAAGUUUCCACCGUGCCAAACUCCGUACACUGUACGCUGUACGUCUGUACGUCUGUACAUUUGUGUAACUUUGAUGAAGACUGUAUAUUGUUUCUGAUGACGGACAUCGCAAGCAGAUCCACCGUGACACGACGAUCGCCGUUGACAGGUCGAUGCAUCGAAGUCGAUAUAUCUGUGAUAUAUGUAUUGAUGACAAUAACUUUGAAAGCGCGCCAUGUUAUGGCCUUUUAUUUCCUUUGGAGAUUCUGUGGUAUAUGAAUCCGGGCUGAAAUCGACAAGAGCCCCCGAGUGACUGACACCUAACACGCUCUAUGCAAUCGACAAGGUGCUAUCCUGCCCACCUCAUGCAGUGUGACAUUUGACAAAACGUGAAAACAAAUUAUGUAUUUAUCAUGAUAAGUACAUAAUGUGAUCACAAUACGUGAUUAAAAAUAAACUUUAAGAAUUCAAAAUUUCAAAUUUUGAAAUUUUGAAAGUUUUGGAUUCAAUUUUUAAAAUGUUAAAAAUAUUUCUUUUGUUCAGUACCAUUCAUGAACAUAUGAUCACAAUACGUGAUCACAAUUUAUGUGAAUAUUUCGGUUUUGAAAUUUACAAAUUCUGCCAUUUGGCAUAGCACCAAAGACUCAUAUAUUGCGGGAUAAGGAAAACAUUGAUAACCCUCUGGGUUAAAAGCAAGUAUCCCUUUUUUGGGAUUAUAUCUCAUAUCGCUGGUAGGAGUUAGUUUGCUAUGUAUAUAAUCUGCCGGUCAAUGCCUUUUUGUACAGGCAAACAUUUGUGCAUUUAAGUGUAUGUCGUACAAACAUUUACACUAUCGCUGUGCCUUUAUGUUAUUCGCUUUGGAAAUACAUUGAUAAUCAUUGUUGUAUUACAUACAUUUUUAAUAAAAUUAAUGAAAUGA